AUCCUCGCCUCCGACUGCACCCGCUCCUUCUGCGUUCCGACCACCUGCUCCGCACCGCUCUCGACAACACUUCCUUCCGCGUGUGCUCCACCCUCCUUAGACCGUGCUCCCACCUUCUCACACCUUCACCUUCUCACACCUCGGUCGUCCGCGCGUCUACACCUUCGUCGCUGCGCCACCUGCAUCCUCUUCACGCUCGCACUCAGCCGACGCCUCUUCGUCGUUGCGCACGCUCUCGAGCCAUCACCAGUCGCAUCCUUCUCGCUGCCACACCGGUCCUCUGGCAGCAGCAGCGUCCUCUUUGGCCCCUCGCGCCAGGGCUGCCCCGCUCCACCUCGCUCUGCGACCCCUGGCGCGCGGCGCAGCACUUCUAGCCCAGCAUGGCUGCCGGCUCGACGGCCAGCCUUGAGCCGUCGCGCUUCCAUCCCUUUGAGAUCACCGCGGCGCAUCUCAUCUAUGUGGGCCUCGGCUUCUUCAUCGUCAUCUUCGGCAUGCUGUCGCUCUUCAUCAAGGAGCGGCUGUAUCUCGGCGAGGCGCCCAUUGCGGCGCUCUUCGGCGUCAUCGUCGGGCCCGUGGCCAUCAAUCUCUUCGACCCCGCCGGCUGGGGCGGCCACGCCAGCGAGACGCCCGGCGGCCACAUCACCAACGAAGUCACGCUCGAGAUCAUGCGCGUCACCAUUGCCCUCUCCGUCUUUGCCGUCGGUGUCGAACUGCCGAAGAAGUACCUGCUGCGCCACUGGCGCAGCAUUGCGCUGCUGCUGGGCCCUGUGAUGAUCUGGGGCUGGAUGAUCACGGGCCUGCUGAUUUGGGCGUUCAUUCCUGGGCUGGACUUCCUGAACAGCUUGGUCGUCGCUGCUGCUGUGACGCCGACGGAUCCCAUCCUCGCACAGGCCGUCGUCGGCGGCCCCUGGGCCGAGCAGCACGUGCCGGCGCAUCUGCGCCACAUGCUCAUGUGCGAGUCGGGCUGCAACGACGGCGCUGCGUUCCCCUUUCUCUUCCUCGCGCUCUUCCUCACGACGCACCGCGACAACCGCGGCAAGGCGAUUGGCAUGUGGUUCUACGACGCCUGGGCGUAUCAGAUCAUCCUCGGCACCUUCCUCGGCGCGCUCAUUGGCUUCCUGGCGCGCAAGGCGAUGCGCUUCAGUGAGCGCCACCGCCUCGUGGACCGCGAGUCGUUCGUGGCGCAGUACGUCAGUCUGGCGCUGGCCAGCAUGGGUGUCGGCGUGCUGCUGGGCAGCGACGACUUGCUCGGUGCCUUUGCCUGCGGCACGGCGUUCGCCUGGGACGGCUGGUUCACGCGCCAGACGGAGGACUCCAACUUUUCCAACAUCGUCGAUCUGCUCUUCAACACGGCCGCCUUCAUCUACAUUGGCGCGCUGAUCCCCUUCCACACCUUUGUCGAUGCGAGCAUCGGCCUCAGCCUGUGGCGCCUCAUCGUCGUGACGCUGCUGACGCUGCUGCUCAAGCGCCUGCCCAUCGUGCUGGCGCUCUGGAAGUGGAUCCCCGACAUCAAGACUUUCCGCGAGGCCAUCUUUGCCGGCUGGUUCGGCCCCAUUGGCGCAGGUGCCAUCUUCAUUGCGACGCUCGCGCGCACCGAGCUGCCCGAGGAGAUCCCGGAGCCGCCGGUGGACACGAACGACGUGCUUGCCGCGACGAUCCAGCCGAUCAUCUUCUUCUUCGUCAUGUGCUCUAUCCUCGUGCACGGCCUCACGAUUCCCUUCUUUGCCUUUUCGCGCCACGCCACGACGGUGACGCGCACGUGGAGCCGCGCCGCGUCGAUCAGCCGCAUGUCGGGCGAGGGCGGCGGCGAGCCGGGCUGGCUGAACCGCGUGAAGCGCUUCCGCACCAACGACACGCUCAAGCACGAGGAGGGCAACAUGACGGAGAUCGAGCGUGUGCUCAACGCCCAGCUGGGCGUCAUUGGACGCGGCGCCAUCGGAGGCGAUGCAGAGAAGGAGCUGCGCGAGGACCGCAACGGCGAGCUGAGCAGCUCCAGCGGCAGCGGCACGUCGGGCGAGGGCUCGCACUCGCCCACGUCUGGCAGCCAUGUUGGACUGAUGAAUACGCGCACCCAGCGCGAUCUAGAGAAGGCAGAUCUGGACCGCCGCUUCAACGACGAUCCGGAGGACUACGAGGACGAGCACAACGCCGACCCCUCGUGCGAGUGGGGCGGCGACUCAUGCAUCGAGGCACGCCGCUACCGCGAGAAGCUGGCGGCCGCUAAGGCGGAGCGCGAGGCGCGGCAGCGCAGAGAGGGGCAGCUCGAGGAGGGCGACGAGAGGCGUCGCUCUGCCGAGGCGCAGCAGGACGGCGAGGAGGGCGACAUCGGCGGCGCAGCUACGAGCCACGACCUGGAGAAGCAGGCGCCAGAGGCAGUGGAGGAGGACGAGGAGCGCGCGCCGUACCACAACGCGCAGAGCGGCUACCCCAGCGUGCGCUCGUGGGUCGAGGGCAACAAGCUGCUGCUCGAGUACCAGAAGACUCGCUCCGACGAUCCCGAGGUGCACGUCCUCAACCUCACCGACGCCGACGUCGAGGCGGUGCGGCACGCCGACAGCCCCGCGCACGCAUGGGUGCGCCACCACGCCGAGGGCAUCGAGGAGCACCUCGGCAUCACCGAGCACCACCAGUGGGACCCGACCGAGGCGGUGCGCAACGUUAUCCAUCACGGCAUCCCGAAUCGCUACAAUGCGUACCUCGAGUCGCGCAAGAACGGCGCGCAGAGCAGCUCGAGCGCCGCCGAGCGCGGCCGCCCAGCGGCGCAGCAGAGUUCCAUGUCGCGCGACGACUCGCACGGCGAAGACAGCCGGCAGGAGCGUGCCGAGCGCACUGCUCUCAUCUACGGCGCCAUGAGCGCAGCGUCUGGCCGUCGCGACGCCAGCGAUGAGCGAGCAGCCGCACGGCAGCCUGCAAAGUCGGCCUCUGCGCGCUUUGCCGAGGAUCCGAUCCACAGCCGCAGCGCAAGCGGCUCGCGCUCGCCCGACGGGCGCCAUGCCAGCGGCGCGCAUGCGCACAAGCUGCAGGUGCACGCUGCAGGCACGGACAGCGUCACGGCCAAGCGGCGCUUCUCGCUGCGCAAGCGUCUGCUGGCUGGUCAGGUCGGUCUGCAAGGCCGGCGCAGCAAGAGCCACAGCGAGAGACUGCUGGAGGACGAGGAUGAGGCGGAGGACUACAUCAUCGAGGACCCGACGCCGGAGAGCUCGCGCCCGACAUCCAUCUUCCUCAGCGGCAACAGCGGCGGCAGCGGACUCGGUCUGCCGCGCACCGACUCGCUUCCAACGGGCGCGGUUGCACGCACGUUCUACCGCACCACGAGCCACGGCGGUCUCGCAGGCGACGAGGACUCUGGCCAGCGCUCGAACACGGUGCAGUGGGUCAACGCUGGCGACACGAGGCACGAGCGCUCCUCAAGGGCGCCUGGUGCGAGCAAGCCGAACUCACGCUCCACCUCGCCGGCUCGCGCGGCCGCUGCGGCCGCCUCGGACAGCCGCCACAGCAAGACGCUCAACCGCAACCGCACCAUCUCGAACGCGUCUCUGCGCGACGCGGCCGCACAAGACGACGGCGAGCGUGAGCAGGGCGACCAAUUUGGCUCGCAAUCCGGCCGCGGUGGACCACGGCGUGGCGGGCGUGUGGCUGCGCUCUUCAGCGCGCUCACACCCGGGCCACGGCCACGCACGGAUCGCGGCGGCUCUGCGCCGCCAGAGUCAGACAGCUCGCGUCUGCAGCAUGCCUCCAGCUCGCCGGCGAUUGCACGCUUCAUGGCGCGGCCGGGCACCGCAGAGAGCAACGGCCCGCCGGAGCGUACGGGCUCGGGCAUCUCGGGCAUCUCGACGCCAAGCGAGACGGGCAUCCUGGCGGGCGGCGCCAAUAGCACGGCGGCCAGCUCGCUGUCGGGCCACGAGAGCGACCGUGUGAUGAUCGAGCUGCCUGGCAGGGACGGCCCCGUCUUUGCUGGCGGGCCGCGGGACAGCGACGCUUGAUGGGAAUAGAGACGCACUGCUUGCACAACACAUGCUGACGGGACUACAAUGCAACGACUGCUCGGAGUGCC